GAUUAAAAAUGAACGAAUGGAAAUGGUUGGCGAAGGAAAUUGAAGGAAAUCCUUGGACUGCUGCGCUUUUCAUUGUAAUUUUGUGUAAAUAAAAAUUAGUAUAUUUGUUUUGUAAUAAGUACUUAAAUGUUAUUAGUGGACUAUUUUCGUUGCUAUAAUGUCAAAUAGUUCGAUUGAGGGGAAACUGAAAGGUUUACAAGAACGUUUCGAAAAUGAAAUGCGUAUUCGAAGAGAAGGUGGUUUUAACAAUCAAGGUGGAAUUGGUGCUCCCAGGCCGGGGAGCGGCAGGAGCAGACCUAGGCCUCCCCCGAUGUUUGGGUCCAACAGAGAAAUCCCGGCAUUCCCACCGAGAUCACCACAAGCCACUGAGACUGAAUAUAGAAUGCGAGAGGUGUAUAAGGUGAGUGGCAAGCUGAACGUCGACGGCGUGGAGUACAAGUCUCACGUGGACGACCUGCAGCACCUGGGCGAGCUCGGCAGCGGCACCUGCGGCCAUGUCGUCAAGAUGCUGCACAGGCCAUCCGCCGCCGUCAUAGCUGUUAAACAAAUGCGUCGCUCAGGCAACUCUGAAGAGACGAAGCGCAUCCUGAUGGAUCUGGACGUAGUGGUGAGGUCGCACGACUGCCCCUACAUCGUGCGCUGCCUGGGCUGCUUCGUGACGGACGCCGACGUCUGGAUCUGCAUGGAGCUGAUGGCGUCCUGCUUCGACAAGCUGCUGAAGAGGCUCGGUGCGCCCAUACCAGAGGCUAUCUUAGGGAAGGUUACUGUUGCGACGGUGAACGCGCUGUCGUACCUGAAGGACACUCACGGCGUGAUCCACCGCGACGUGAAGCCGAGCAACAUCCUGCUGGACGAGCGCGGGAACGUCAAGCUGUGCGACUUCGGCAUCAGCGGACGACUCGUCGACUCCAAGGCGAAGACACGCAGUGCAGGCUGUGCGGCUUAUAUGGCGCCGGAGCGCAUCGACCCGCCGGACCCGUCGCGGCCGGACUACGACAUCCGCGCGGACGUGUGGUCGCUGGGCAUCAGCCUGGUGGAGCUGGCCACCGGCGUGUUCCCCUACCGCGACUGCCAGAACGACUUCGAGGUGCUCACCAGGGUAAUAGCAGACGAUCCUCCACAACUGCCAGACACUAAUGACUUUACACCAGAGUUCAAAGUAUUUGUAUCACAGUGCCUAACCAAGAACUACAGACAGCGUCCCAAGUACGCGAAGCUGCUGGAGCACCCGUUCGUGGUCCGCUCGGCCCGCAGCUCCACGUCCGUGGGCGCCUGGUACGCCUCGCUGUGGGCCCCGCCCGCGCCCCCCGCGCCCGCGCCCGCUCCCGCGCCCGCCCCCGCCAGUAACGGAUAUGAGGCGCCCGUCACGCCGCAGCCCGUCAGGAACUUCGUCACCAGCUCACAGCAUUGGAUGGACCAAGUCACUCCCACGCCCACGAGAGCGUGGUGGGCGGCCAGCAGCGCCCACGCGGGCGGCAGCAGCUCGCAGCCCGCCAGCCUCGAGGCCGAGCUGGGCUCACACUCGCCCUACCCGCGCAGGAGGACGCUGGACGCGUGUGGGUCAGGCCCGGCGCCGCCCGCCCGCCGCGUGUCCGCCGACAACCGCUGGAGGGCCUCGCCCGCUAGUUCCGGUAACACUAGUCCCAUAGUUCUUCAAAGGUUCUACCAUCAGAACCAACAGAGAAGAUCGCGAGUGGACCUCCACGCCACGCCCAGGCAUAGAAGUUUAAGUAGAGAACACAGUACAGGCCGGUCACCGGAGCCCCCUCCCCGGACCAGCAGACAACACCAAAUGUUAGGACAUGAAGCGAAUGGCAGUACUACGGACUUAGAGCCGCCGGCGUUGCACGAGAGGUUACACCCGCCGUCGCCCUUACUACUCAAUGAUAGGCUAUCGGAAGGCCGCAGCCAGAGCCUGACCCGCGCCGAGCUGCGCAACGGGUUCCGCGCGGAGCCCGCGCACAAGCUGCAUCACGACGACCAGGGCUGGCUGCGCUCGCUCGCCGGGCUGGUGAAGCGCCGGCUCAGCGGGUACGUCAAGUGGCAUCACCUUGCAGCGCGCAGAGACAACCCGCACCACCAUCAUCUGCAGCAUAGAUGGGGCAACAGUGAAAGUUGGAGCAUGCCGGCGUCGCCGCUGCCCCCCCGCGCGCCCCCGCCGCGCCCCGCGGACUAGCCCCCCCUCGCCCCCCACCACACACAGCUACACGUGGCAUCUGCACUUACACACACCGAUGUGGCUGACACCGCGAAACCACACAAUAAUGAAACAUGAUCUAGAAACAAUAGUAUGAAAGUGAUUUUUCAAAGACUAGUGAAAUGGUAGUCGAUUUAACGAUUGAAUUUAUAUUCACACCAAAGAUAUGUAUGAUACAAACUGAAAUUGAUAAAAAUUCAAUUAAAAUAUGUUAUUUUUAAUCGCUGAAUCUUCUACCUAAUUAUUUUACUUUAUUAAUCAAACAUACAUACGUCAAAGUGAAUAGCAACAAUUGAUAGUAUAAUAUAUUGUGUAAGUUGAUGCCACUUAGUCCUCGCAACCAGUGUUGUUCAACUUUCUACGCUAAAUAAUUAUGUAUCGAUAGUGUUAAAGUUUAGUGAACGAAAGCACGAGCUUUGUAUUUUAUUACCGCUUAAGGUGCGGUUUCCGUGCACGCGACUAUGACCGCUACUCAUAUCAAAUCGUCGCUGUCGCAAUUUUCUUCCAAUUUAAACAUGGUAGGUGUUUAAGACAGUAUGUUACAAAUGUAAGUUUUUGCUCAAUUUCCCGUUCGCAAAGAGUAAAAUUUAAGUUAAAUUUAGCCAGAAGAUUCAUUUUUAUUGCAAAAAAUGUUUGUCAUUGCGUUGGCAACACUAAUGUAAUUCUAGUAGCCAGUUACGAAAACAUACUUCAGUGUACCUGCUGUGCAACUACAUACAAAGUGCCUGACUUAAGACUGAGUUACCGACUGAGAUCAACACAAUAGUUCUAAUUCUGAACGAACUACCUCGUGAUGUGAUCCUCACUACUUUUAAAAGACCAGUCUAUUUAACGUCUAAUCGUAAUCGAACAAAAAUAAUGUCGUGAUUGCGAGCGAGUCGCGUGCACGGAAGCUUACCUAGGCCCGGAGACAAGCGACAAUUGAAUAAGCAUUAGCACUGAAUCAUCACUGAAAUGUAAGGAAAUGUCAGAUUUUGACUCGUCACGUCACUGACUUGUCAUUUUCAUAAAUUUGAGUGGUUUGAUAAGUGCUAUCGCUUUGAAGAUGCUCCUUGUCUGAACGGGCCGUGUACAUAGUCAGGCCGUGCAGUAUUAAGCCGGUGUUCCGAUGGCUUACCGCGAGAUAAUAGUUACUUAGCACGUUCAUAACACGUUAAAUGAAUAUUUUGGAACAAAACGCGUUUAGUAGUAAUAUCGAAAGAUUUAGAAUGAAGUUGUGACGUUAUAGUGAAUAUAAAAUAUAUUUUGGGAUAUACCUACUAAGUUCUGUGAUUUAGCCCGACUGAGGAUGGUUCAAAUAUAAAUAAUUUAGGUGCGAAUAGAGCCAUAUUAGUUUAUUUUAACAUAUUAUUGCAAUGAAAUCUAAGAAAUUACUUUGUGAACACAACAGUCGGGAAGACACCUAAUGACUUAUUCUUUGUAUUAAAAAUGAUUUUAGCUAAUUGGACCGCUGUGAUUUGAAACAGAAUACAAAACAUUGCAAACAAACUUAAUAAUAAUAUCUUAUACAAAAGCGAGUUCAUUAGAUGUCAAAAAAUGUUCAAAAUAUCCCUCGUUUUGAUAUCUAAAGAACUAUAAAAUCACAGAAUAUAGUACACCAUGUAUAAAUUAAUUAAAUAAUAUUCGCGGGCUAGAUGGUUCUAAUUUAUAAUGGCAUAAUAAUUUUCCAAAAUAAACCUUAUUUCUAUUAGCCAUAAGACUCAAAAUCGUGUGAACCUCAAAAGGUUUUUAUAUUGCUGUAAGAAAAUAACGUUUAUUUUUGCAAUUUCUUAUGCCAUAACAGAUUAUAACUACAUAAUUAUUACGAAUCCGAGCAGUGUAGCUAUGACAAUAUGUACUUUACGUAUUGAACGGGAUUCGACAUUUGAAGGGAAUGUACUGUUAUUAAUGUAAGUAGAGGCAAUAACUAUCAAUGAACAGAAUUAGAUCUCUCUGGUCAGUUGCGUUAAGAACUUUGGCUUUAAACUACUUUCAGUAGUAAAUUAAAUAACGGUUAAGUCAACAUUUUCAUAAACAAGUCAGAUUAUAAUUAAGAACUCUUGUUGAGUCCGUAACUAGUCGACCUAACCGUUCAAUAAAUAAUUACCAAUCCCUCUCAGGAAAGUGAUUAUGUCAUAAGUUUAAUUUGCUGGAAUCCGAAAAUCUAUAUAUGUAUAUUUUUUUAAAUUAAUCUAUUUGCGAUUAUGGUCUAUCGGUGCUAACACAUUUCAAUACAAUCAAUUUGCUAUAUAUUAUGACAUUCACUGUACCAUAUAAUUAUAUUAUAAUUGCUCUAGUCUAUUCAGGAAGCCAUACAUACUUAUAUUAAUAACAUUACAUCUCAAGUACGAUUCAAUAAGAGCCGCAGCUGGCCACAAAAUACCAAUAAAGGAAAUUGAUUCGAAAACCAAGUCAUUAAAGUUCAUAUUAGCAUGAAAGUAAUUCAUCGUGACAAAGAGUGGUAUCUGCAAGGAAAUUUGUAUCUUAAAGGACGUACGGAAGGUUUAUUUUCGUAUAAUCUAGUAUGUGGCAAGCUGAGUCUUAUGAAUUGUACUCCAGAGUGCACUGUGAAGUUGGAGUUGUAUUCCUAUUCGACAAUCAAUAGUAAUAGAUAACGACUUGUAUUGUAAAUAUCGUGUAUAUUUUAAUGUUAAGUGACAAAUAAUGCAAUACGAUACGAUAGCGCAAGAUUCAUUUUUAUAGACGACGUUCACUGAUUGGUUAAGAGCUGAAUGUAAAAUGUGGUUUUCAUUUGGUUCUUAAUAAUGUGUAGUUUAAUAUCUCUUUGUCUAGUUGAUUGGGUUGUGAAGAUCUGUCGGAACGUAGAAAGUCGUUUGAUGUAAAACACGGUAGUUAGCUGACUCUGGUUAGACUGAAAACUAACUAACUACAAUAUAGCUUGGGAAGACAAAUAUAACUCUUGUCAAUAUCUCUCUCAUUACAUUCAAUCUUUGUCACAACCACUCAGUGAAUGUCAAACAGAAUAAUUUGUACCAACUAGUGCGUAUUAGUUACAGCUUAAAUUUUAGUAGUAUAUAAUUGUACAUUUUUUUUAUUAAAUAUUUUGACCAAAUGUAUAGAUUAAAAUCGGAUAUAUUUUUGUUCGCUUCGGGUGUACGAGUGUUGUAACUCGACUAUAUUGACUUUAGUCGAUUUAUUAAUGCGUUAGUCGAUUCUGACAACUAAACUGCAAAUUACACUCGAUUUAAAUGUGUAAUUAGUAGCUUUUAUAAGUUUAGUUGACUAGAUUAUGAUUAAUACAAUUAAAUUAAGCAAACGUGAUGUGCGUCAGAUAGUUUUUGUUCAAAUGUUUUACAGAUGGUUAUGUUAUAUUCAUUCGAAUUAUUUUGACUAUUCAUUUUUGUUUUGUAAAACACUGUCUGCUUUAAACUCAUAUAAAUAAGCAUCAAUUUGGCAUACACAUAUUUUUGGGUACAUAUUAGUAGUCGCUUGAUCUAUCGAAUUGAUACGAAAACUAUCUUAAAUGCUUUUGGAGCAACGUUUGUGAUUAGCACCGCGUGUCCCACGCUGGGCGCCAACAGUCGGUUGUUCAGUGGCAAGUCGUAGACAGCACAAAGACAUGUCAACAAUAAU